AUGCUGCAGCUAAAUGAAGCGAGGGAGGCCGCCCUUCAGAGAGAAGAAGGAAAGACCGUUAUAUACAGAAGAACUGUUCCUCCCCGUUCUUUGCUGCUGCUUGAAGACAUUGACGGGGCCAUCCGCCGCUCUGAAGCAGCAGCAGAUGAUGACGCAUCAUCAGCAGCAGCAGCAGCAACAGCAGCACCAGCAGCAACAGCAGCAGCAGCAGCAGCAGCAGAUAGACCCCACCUGACGCAGCUAUCUCUUAACCCCUUCGGCACCAGGACAGUCUCCUUCAGCGGCCUCCUCAAUGCCCUCGAUGGUGUACGUGCACUGCAGCAGCAGCAGCAGCAGCAGCAGCAGCAGCAGCAGCAGCAGCAGCAGCAGCAACAGCAGCAGCAUCAUCAUCAUCAUCAUCAUCAGCAGCAGGAGCAGCAGGAGCAGCAGCAGCAGCAGCAGUGUUUGUGUGUGUUUUUGUUUAGGUGGUGGCGACCGAAGAAAGAAUUAUAUUUCUCACCACCAACCACCCAGAGAGGGUUUAUACCUGCCGAGUUCACACUGGGGCCGCCAAUUGGCGUCAAGCAAAGACUCCCAUUGAGCCUUCACGCCCCCGCACCGCCAGCUACCCUCACACACAGCCAGGUCCUGCAGCAGCAGCAGCAGCAGCAGCAGCAGCAGCAGCAGAUGCAGCAGCAGCAGCAGAUGCAGAUGCGGGAGAUAAGCAGCACAUGUAGGAGCAGCACAUGUAGGAGCAGCAGCAGCAGCAGCAGCAGCAGAAAAGCAGCACAACUAGAAGCAGCAGCAGCAGCAGCAGAAGCAGCAGAUAAGGAGCAACAGCAGGAACAGCAGAUGAAGCAACAGCAGCAGCAGCAGCAGCAGCAGCAGGAGAUAAGCAACCUAAACCCUAAACCCUAA